UUCACUCUCUUUGGAUAAGUACUCUUUCUUGGAUAUCAUUACAGCCAGUACACGAUGAACGCACCAGACCGGUAAGUGUAACCUGCUUCUAGCCACUUUCCUGGCUCCAAUUCUGUCGCGUAUCUACCUUAUUUUGCGAAUUCUAGACUUGAGGGUCGCUUGUGUUUCCUGGAGUGACAUGAAGAUGGGGCUCCGCAACAAGCCCAUUCAACCCGGGCUCUUGCCUUUCCCCUGCAUUCACUGCCCCAGAAUUUGGGACUAUGCCAUAGUUCCCUUCCAAACCCCUCCAAUGUCUCUCCAGUUUUUUCACUGAAUGCCUCUAUUUUCUGUUCCGCGUUUUUUUGCCUCCCCUCAGACGCAUCUUGUUACAUUGUGAAUAGUGUUCAGACGCCAUGAGUUCCAAUAAGGAGUACAUAAUGCCCGCAGAAUUGGUUUAUGCCCGCUGGAAGAAUGGCAGCGGUGGAUCUCGCGGCGGCUGCCAGUCCACUAUCAAUGUUUCUCAUGACCAGCAGCCGAGAUACGAGUCAUUCGUUCUCGCGAAUGGCGAGAACAAAGUUGAGAUGGAGAUUGAUACUCGCAUUCCAUCGUCGGCCAUUUUCACUUUCAAUAAAGAAGACCACACCCUCGGAAACCUGAUUCGCGCUCGACUUUUGCAGAGCUCUCAUGUUCUCUUUGCUGCGUACAAGGUUCCCCAUCCACUUGUUCCCAAGUUCUUGCUUCGAGUUCAGACGGAUGGCGACAUCACCCCCAAGGACGCCGUGAUUGCGGCCUGUCAUGAGCUUGUCCGAGACUUGGGCAUUCUCUCUCGUGAAUUCACCAAGGAGUAUGAACUCCGCAAGAUGGUGGGAGCUACUGCCCAGCAGCAGAAUGGUGUCCAGGAUGGUAUUUAGCUAUCGUCGGAGGCUGCUAGGAAAGGAGAGCUCGGUCGGCGGUCACAGACAUGCUUUUGCUUCGGAUCUACGCAGCUGGUCAUGCGUGUCUUUGUUUCAUGGUCAUACCCCUUAUUUUAUUCCUGUUCCCAUUGCCUCCUGUGAUAGUGGGACCAAGCUCUACGCUCCAAUAUGCCGUCGGGACUGAUGGUAUCUGCUACUGUGCGGGUUCUGCAACUUGUCCUCUGCUACUCCUGCUAUGUUGGAUCGCCU